CGGUUAGUGAUCGGGGGCUCGUUUUGCGCGGGUUUGCUGUUAGAAAUCACUGUGAUUCCCAAGUGAACCGUGAUGCUGGAUAUCUGAUACAAUAUCGAUUGCUGGGUUUUAUCUUUUGAUGUUAAUUGAUUGAACAAUGAAAAUAUCCGGACGAAUCGUCUUCUCCAUCACCUCGUGCUUUCUGCUGCUGGAGGUUUCGGGUGAACAUAGAGUAAGAACGAAACGCGAUAAAAAAGAAGGUAAUCGUACGACCCGACAACUGAACAAGAAUGCUGAUCAAAUGGUUCAAAAUAUUCUACGAUGGCUACAAGACGUUUACGGCAAUCAGGGUAGAAAAGUUCGUCAAGGCUCCCUGAGGGAAUACCUUCCUCCAACUCCUGGCGAAAAACCCAGACCUUUCACAUCGAGACCAUCCACACAGGGGACCGGCGUUGACGAAGACGGCAACUUUGUAGACCCCGGAUACCCACCAGCAGGCUACACUCCCCAACCAGCAUUCACCUUUCCACCCAAUCAACCAGAUGAUGGUCCAGGACCCGAAGGUACUUCCUAUCCAACUCAAAGUACUAGGAGACCGGGUUACUCGACUCAACCAUCAAUCACGGAACGGCCUAGUUAUCCAGGAUUCGAAACCGUUUACCCAGAACCUCCAGGAGGCGCGACAGACCAAACAAUACGAAUUCCAGAAGUGACUCCGGGUUACACCGGAGGGACUCAGAGUUAUCCGACAUCAUCUCCAUCUGGGUUUACCGGUUACACGUCGGGAAGACCAUCCGAUUCGAGUAGUUUCUCACCAUCGCCAGACACCGGAUUUCCAUCAUACCCUACUUCUUCUCCAUCCGGAUUCACCGGUUACCCGUCCGGUCCUCCACCCGGAGUUACCGGAUUUCCUACUGUUAGACCACCAGCACCGGGCGGGGAACCCACAGAGGGUCGUCCCGCAACAGAUUUUCCAGAUUCUACUGACAUCGUAUACACUUCACCUCCAGAAGGUCCGGGUUUCCCUACAAGCAGACCCACUGGUUAUCCAACAGGUUUCCCCACAGCACGUCCUACAGGAUUUCCAACAUCUAGACCUACUGGUUAUCCAACAGGAUUCCCCACAGGACGACCAACGGGCUUCCCAACAUCUAGACCUACUGGUUAUCCAACAGGAUUCCCCACAGGACGACCAACGGGCUUCCCAACAUCUAGACCUACCGGUUACCCAACAGGAUUUCCCACAGCUCAACCUACUGAUUCACCAACUGGACCUCCUGAAACACCAGAUGUGACCGGUUAUCCCACCUCUAGACCAGGUAGUUAUCCAACCGGUCCUGUCGGACCUCCUUCGGAGGAAGAAACACCAGUUCCUACGGAACAGGAACCAGACGAAACAGGAGGUAGUGGUUUGUCUACGGUUAAACCGCCUGGAUCCAGACCAACGGAAUCAUCUUCGGAGAAUCUACCGGAUUUCCCGACACCUGGAACACCUACUGACCAAGGUGAACCAAAAACUAAUGGAGGAGAAAAGUCUACGGGAGAAACCGAAGGAACUGAUGUCCGUAUACCGACUGAUGAAGAUCUCAAACAUCCUCCUCACAUCCACGCUUUGGACGUCCAAUGCGCCAAGGAUAUGAUGACCAUCGAAAUAGAAUUCAACAGGCAAUUCGACGGUGUAAUUUACUCCAAGGGUUACUACAACAUGCCCGAAUGUCGAUACGUCGUAGAAAAUUCCGGAAAGACUAAAUACACGUUUACAGUCAAUUUGAACAUGUGCGGCACCGAAUUCAUCAACGCCUUCGACACCGAAGGCCAAAGCUACUUGGAGAACGUCUUGGUGCUCCAAAACGAGGCCGGCAUCCAGGAAGUAUGGGACACCGUCCGAGCUGUACGGUGUCUGUGGGAAGGUAACCUCAAGGAGCAACUGAGCGUGCAGUUGAUGGUCGGGAUGCUGUCCCAGGAAAUCGUCACCUUCAGCGGCGACACCGCCAUGGCCAAGCUCGACGUGCUACUCGGUCGAGGACCUCUCGGUCAGCCGGCCAACGGGCUGGUGAAAAUCGGAGAACCCAUGACGCUGGUGGUGUCGGUCUCCGGGGAUCCUGGUUUCGAUCUGCAGGUGAAAGACUGCAAGGCUACGGACUCCUCGGGCGAUAACGUCGUCCCUCUAACCGACGACGACGGCUGCAUCCUGAAACCGAAACUGUUCGGCUCCUUCCAGAAAACGCGAAACACCGGAGACUCAGGUGCCUCGAUAAUCGCAUACGCGUACUUCAACGCCUUCAAGUUCCCCGACGUGAUGGACAUUAUGAUCGAGUGCAACAUCGAGCUGUGCAAGACCGACUGCGAAAUGUGUCAGGCGACGGAUCAGCAGCUGGAGCCGGGCAGGAGGCGGAGAAGAGACUUGGGCCGGGCGAACGAAACGCUCCACGACGGCGUCACCAUGGGUAAACACCUCCGGGUGGCGCUGCAGGAGGAUCUGCUGAACCUCGAGUUGCCGCACCAAGGCGUCUGCAUGUCCACUAGGAGUUUCGUUUUCGCUUCGUCUGCGUUGAUGACAUUGCUGACGGGGAGUUGCUUGGUGAGCACGUAUUUCUGGUUCAAAACGCUAGCUCAAAAACAGAAAUGAUAAAACUAUGACUAACGAUGUAGUUCAUAAUGCUUAAAAUACUAUUAAUACUAUUUAUAUCGCCGCUAUAAAUUUUAAGGUUACUACAAUUUAAUAAAGACAUAAUUUUGAAUUUUCUUGAAUAUACCGAAUUUUACUCAGCAGGGAUUUAUGUUGCUCUAAAUUUAAACUUGUUUAAUAAUGCGAUAUUAUAUUUCUAUGAUUACUGUUCGAUGAUUUUUCAUGACUUCAUGUCGAUUUAAGUGUAUUAAAAGCAAUUUAUUUAAGUCUGAACUAUAUCGUUGGUUUUUUUGUCAAGGAUUAGAUUAGGAUAUUUUGUAAAGGAGGACGAACCAAAUAGAAGUGUGAAAUAUAUUUUUGAUAAAUCAUUUUUUUAUACAUUUUAGGAUGUAAAUUUAGUUUAAUUUUGAUGUUCAUCAAUUAUUGUAUACCACUGCCAUUUAUUAUUUAUAAUUUUAUCCUCUACUUGGCUAGAUUUACUUAACAGGCUCGAUUUCAUUUUUGUUCGUGUUAUUCUCUUUUGUCGAUUUUUAUUUAUGUAAUUUACUCUACUCAUUUUAUCGAUGAGAUAUUUCGCUAAACGGCUAAGAAUGUCUAAACUUGCUUGUUAUUAUUAUUCGCAAGUUUAUUUUAUAUAUUUUUUUACUCUAUCAAUUUUUGUAUUUAUUUUCCGAAUGAACUUUAAAUGUUAAAAAUACUCGUGUAAAUAUAGAAUAAAUACGUAAAAAGGAAUGCUCAUGUUUUUGUGGAAAAAUUUAAACCUACCCCUAAGUUAAUAUUAAUUAUCGAUUAUUUCAAUGCCAAUGUUUCUUCUUGUAAAUUUUACAUUUUUUUUAUCUUUCAAAUAUCAGUUACAUGUACAUAGUUACAAAGGAAAGUAGUAAAUAAUGUUAAUGCAAAAAAAUACAUAAUUUUCGUUUUUUCCAAUUUAACCCAUAUUGUAUUUUUUCAAGAAAAUUUGAAAAUGUUUGGAUUUACUAACACACAAUAUUCGAUUGGUAUCGACAGACCCAUCGGAAGAAUAUUCAUCUAUUUCCGUUUCCAAAUUUGCCAUCGCCUUAUUUCUACAACAAACUCUUUUUUCAGAAGGAGUGGCUUCCUCGUCGCUUAAACAAAAUUUCUCGAAAUGUUCUUCCUCUAUUUUCGAAUCGCUUUUGUAAUUCCUACUCAAAUUUUCCUUUAAAUCUUUGUACUCCUCCUGCAAGCGUUGCAGCUUUUUUUCUAGAGCCUUUUUCUCUUUGGAGCACUCCUGGAAUUGCCGUUCCAGAUUAUCGCAAUUUUUUAUGAGCUCAUCGUACGCGCCCAUGUCCCUCUUCUUAGACUUCACAUUCGAUUUGAUUAUCACGCUUAUCUCUUCCACGGUUUUCAUUAAAUCCU